GUGCUGUGCUGUGUGUUCAAAUACAUACUCUGUUUCGCAGGAUUGUAAUUGUGCCGAGAAAAAACAUCAAUGACAAUUUUCAUAUCUUCUAUUAACUUUUAUAACUGAUCAAAAGAUUAAACAGAUUAAACAGAAUAGGUUUUACUAUGAAGAAAAAUAGCCAUGCCGGAGUGAGCAGUUGGAGCACAAACAGUUCUGUGCUAUCAGUAAAGAGUGAACACAGGAAAAUGGCCAAAGAAGUUAAAACUUUAGUUCUGUGGAAAUCACCGCUUAAAACCAUGAAAUACGCUAGCUUCGAAGUGCUAUUUCUUAUCAAAACAAAUCUCCAAAGGUUAUUGCACCAGCGUGUGUUGGUUAUUUUAUUGAUCAGCCUACUGUUGAGUAUUUUAGCAUUAGUCUACACACCAGGCCAACACCAACAUUUAAUUGAGGUGUUCAAAAACAAAGGAUUUUUCAUCUUCUACUGGAUGGGAUUAGGUGUAUUGUCAUCCGUUGGGUUAGGGACGGGACUACACACUUUUAUAUUGUAUCUCGGUCCUCACAUAGCAAGCGUUACUCUUGCUGCUUAUGAAUGCAGUUCGUUGAAUUUUCCCGAACCACCGUAUCCUAACGAGAUUCUUUGUCCAGAAAAUAGUACUAAUGGUGGUGAAAUGUUUCCUUCUCUGUGGUCCAUUAUGGCGAAGGUACGCUUUGAGUCGUUUUUGUGGGGUGCCGGGACAGCUCUGGGAGAAUUGCCACCGUACUUUAUGGCAAAAGCGGCUCGUCUUUCGGGCAACCCAACAGAUGAACCGGAAAACAUUCAAGAAUUCGAGAAAUUGCAAAAACGGAAGAAAAGGGGAGAAAAAUUGAACUUCUUCGAUAAAGGAAAAUUGUUGAUGGAAGACAUCGUUGAAAGCGUGGGCUUUUUUGGGAUUCUACUGUGCGCUAGUAUCCCCAACCCGUUGUUCGAUCUGGCUGGUAUCACCUGUGGUCACUUCCUAGUACCCUUUUGGAAAUUUUUCGGAGCUACGCUUAUUGGGAAAGCUAUUGUCAAGAUGCACAUUCAGAAAGUUUUCGUUAUCAUUUCGUUUAACGAAAAUUUGGUGGACAAGUUUAUCCAGUUGCUAUCCUUCAUCCCGUUCGUCGGAGAACGUUUGCAAGUACCUUUUAAGGCGUUUUUUGAGAAUCAAAAGCAACGGUUGCACCGGAAUACCCAUAAGUCAGCAACUUCAUCGAGUGGAAAUCUACUAGCAAAUGUGUUUGAAUUUUUCGUUUUUGCCAUGAUUUGUUAUUUCGUCAUUUCAAUCAUCAACACACUUGCUCAAAAUUGUUGCAAACGAACCCGAAAACAAUUGCAUACGAAUAAUUCUAUCCACGAUAAUUCAGUAACCUCGAAAAAGAUGUCCUAAAAUCAUCCCCGGAAAUUCCAGAAUAAAUUUCGAAAACAAGCAGCAGAUAAGAACAAACAAAACACACCUCCUAUUAUAAAUAUUGAUGAUUAUUCGCCAAA